AUGAGAUGGAGCUGCCUUGGGAAACUCGUGUGUUUGGACAACCGACGGGAGCACCUGCGAGAUGUGUGGGACACAGGAGCGGGACUGGGGUGGCGAAGAUACGGGAAAAGAUGCAGAGGAAAACGCGGACAGUUACACCGGGACGACAUAAAGAUGGAUAUUGGAACGCAGAUUUUGGAUCUCAAAGAGGACAUUUUGUCCCUGCGCAAUGAUGCCAGAGCAGAUAUUAAAACCCUUCGUGAGGAGCUAACUGGGGAGCUAGCUAAACUUAGCAACAAACAAGCAGAGGCUACGCGGCAGAUGGAAGACUUGGGGAACACGUUAAGCGACAUGAUCGAUAGUCGCCGCAUAGGAGCACAACCAGCAGCUUAUGACCAAGAAAUGCAAGACUCCAAGAAAAAUUCGCGGACCUCGAAAACAGGAGCCGGAGACGUAAUCUGA